AUGGAUGAGGAGUUCAAAGAGGAUUCUAGCAUUGAAGAAAAAGUGAGGCUACGUCAAAAUCUUGCACAAACUGGGAUUAUAACAGAUGAAAUUCUUGCCCAUAUGAAUUUAUCACCUGAAACUUACAAAAAUAUUAUUAAACAAUCAUUAAUACAGAUUAAAUCAAAAAUAAUUGAUGAUAAAAUUACUGGAUAUGAACAAAUAGACCGAUUAUUAGAAGUUACAACAGAUUUCGACAGAGAUUUUUUUGAUAACGCAUUUCAAGCAAUAGUUUCUGGAGAUGAAGAAUUAUCAGGCAUUGCAUCAAAAUGUGUACACAAAAUCAUAGAUACGUCACCGACAAAGAUACAAAGUUUAUAUAAUAUUGAAGAAAUUUUAGGAAUUUUAUCUUCAAUUCUUGAUACUCCAAUGACAAAGCAGAAGAGAAAUAUAUUUACAAAAGUAAUACUUUCAGCAACAGAAACAAGAAAUCUAAUUAAUGAUGAUUUUGCCCAACAUUUGAUUGA